ACACAAAAUGGAAGGUGGAGAAAGUUUGACGCAUAAUUUGACGUUUGGCACCGCUGUAAACCCGGAAAAAUAGAUAUUAUGACUACGGAGGACUUCUAUUUACGUUACUAUGUUGGCCAUAAAGGCAAGUUUGGUCAUGAGUUUCUGGAGUUCGAAUUUCGACCGGAUGGUAAACUGCGCUACGCCAACAACUCUAAUUACAAAAACGACACAAUGAUUCGUAAGGAAGCGUUUGUGCAUCAAUCGGUGAUGGAAGAGCUAAAGAGAAUAAUUUUGGAUUCAGAAAUUAUGGCUGAAGACGAUUCACCCUGGCCACCACCGGAUCGCGUAGGCAGACAGGAGUUGGAAAUUGUCAUAGGCGAUGAACAUAUCUCGUUCACAACAUCGAAAACAGGGUCACUAGUCGAUGUGAACCGUUCAAAAGAUCCCGAGGGUCUCCGUUGCUUCUAUUAUUUAGUACAGGAUUUAAAGUGUUUGGUGUUCUCACUCAUUGGACUGCACUUCAAAAUUAAACCAAUAUAAUAGUGUAAUUUUGUAACUUUAAUACUGACAUAUGUAUAUUUAAUUUCCAUUUUGUAUUCGCAAAACUAUGUUUUAUCUCAAUUAAAAUCUAAAAACAUACUUA